CGCUAAAACACAUUCGUGUGUUUGUCAAACACCAUCAAGCCUCAGAGGAAGAAGAUUCGUUUCACCGCGCUCUCUGUUGUUGUAAUGUGGUGCUGGUUUAAUACAAACUGUUAGAAAUUGAAUUUAUGUAAACAGAAAAAUACAGUUUUUGAAUGAGGUCAGUAAAUACAUGUAAUAUUCUCAUCAUCAUAGUCGUGUCUAAGUGUUGAAGCAAAUAGAAAUACAUCGGGAAGAAUAUCAGCUGAAGAUGGUGUUUGUUGAAGAGGAGAUUGAGGAGAACACGAGUGAAAUAAAAGAAGAGGAACCAGAAACCUGGAAAAUAAAAGAAGAGGAACCAGAAACCUGGAAAAUAAAAGAAGAGGAACCAGAAACCUGGAAAAUAAAAGAAGAGGAACCAGAAACCUGGAAAAUAAAAGAAGAGGAACCAGAAACCUGGAAAAUAAAAGAAGAGGAACCAGAAACCUGGAAAAUAAAAGAAGAGGAACCAGAAACCUGGAAAAUAAAAGAAGAGGAACCAGAAACCUGGAAAAUAAAAGAAGAGGAACCAGAAAUUUGGAAAAUAAAAGAAGAGGAACCAGAAACCUGGAAAAUAAAAGAAGAGGAACCAGAAAUUUGGAAAAUAAAAGAAGAGGAACCAGAAACCUGGAAAAUAAAAGAAGAGGAACCAGAAACCUGGAGAAUAAAACACGAGGAAACAGAAACCUGGAAAAUAAAACAAGAAGAACAAGGAGAGUUUAUUGAAGAAAGAGAGGAGAACAAAAAAUGGAGUGAGGCUGAGGAUAAAAAUCAUGUCAAAACUGGAGAAAAACCUUUGAGUUGCUCUCAAACCAAACAGAAAGAUCUAAAGAAAAGAAGAGCCAAGAAACCUUUCACCUGCACUCAGUGUGGAAAGAGUUUGACAAGCAAAUAUAAUCUUGAUUUUCACAUGAGAGUUCAUACUGGAGAUAAACCUUAUAAGUGUUCACACUGUGACAAGAGAUUCAAUCACUCAGGAUGCUUGAAAACACAUGAGAGGAUCCACUCUGGAGAGAAACCUUAUAAGUGUUCACACUGUGACAAGAGAUUCAAUAGGUCAACAGACCUGAAAAAACAUGAGAGGAUCCACACUGGAGAGAAACCUUACGAGUGUUCACUUUGUGACAAGAGAUUCAAACAGUCAUCACAUCUAAAAACACAUGAGAGGAUCCACACUGGAGAGAAACCUUACGAGUGUUCACAUUGUGACAAGAGAUUCAAUAGGUCAGCAGACCUGAAAACACAUGAGAGGAUC